AGAAGAAGAACACUCUCCCAUAAACAUAUUAGUGCGGUAAAUGCCGGUAAAGCACAAUAAAUUAUCGUAAUAAAAGAGGACGAAGAAGAUGGACGAGGAAAAGAAAUAAGAGCUUUACUUGUAGCCUUUUGCGUGGCUUGUAGCAAAAAAAAAAACAACAACAUUUAGACUGUUCUUUCGGUAUAGCUAGGUAUAUAUAUAUAUAUAUUCUUCUUGUAAUGCUUAACGUUUUUGUUAGUUCUGCAGUCAUCAGCAAAAUAAUUUUAAAUUACCGUUACUCCUAUAGUUAUCAGUCACAAUGAAAGUUAGUUUCAGGAUAGUCAUAGGAUUCAUCGUGCACUUAAAUGUGUUUUUCUUUGCCCACACUGAUAAGUUUCCUGUAGCCCUCACAAUUAAAGAGGAUGGGAAUGAUUUUAAUAAAGCAGAGGAUGCUCAGGAUCCUAAGGAUUUGGAUGUGGUAGAUAGUAGCAAGUGGCAGAUUCUCAAAGCAGGUCAAGCUGUUACUGCAGGCUCUCAUGUCAGGUUAAAUCUUCAGACAGGGCAAAGAGAGGUCAAGCUUGGAGAUGAAGAAUACCUGCCGGGUAGAAAGAGCAUGCAUGGAAUGCUUAACAAGCAGACACCUCUGUUCACAUCUCAGGAGCUAAAACAGGCUCUGAAGAAGUUUAAAGGCGUGGAUGACAGUACAAAAAGGAACUCAGAGCAGGGUAAAGCGUCUUCACAAACACUGUUUCGCUCCAUGGAUGAACUCAGAAGAGACUUGGCCAUGUCAGACUUGCUUGUGGAAACAGAUGUCCAGAUUAUGAGUAAACUGUUGUCCAAAUUCAGCAGCACUAACACUACCAUGGAACAGCGGGUUGCUGCUUUACUUGACUUGGAGUACCUUGUUCAUCAGGUGGAUAAUGCACAUAAUCUGGUGUUAAUGGGUGGAAUAGAGAUUUUAAAUGAUGCCUUAAACAAUACAGAUUUUAGACUUCAGGAAAGUGCUGCAUUUGUACUAGGAUCAGCUGUUUCUAGUAACCCCUCUGUCCAAGAUGCGGCUUUAGAAUCUGGCACUUUACAGAAGCUACUGAUUAUGCUUGCAACCCCACGACCAAUGACAGUUAAGAAAAAGGUGUUAUUUGCAUUGGCAUGUCUGUUACGUCACGUCCCUCCUGCUCAAAGUCAGUUCGUGAAGCUUGGUGGAUUGCAGGUGUUAGUUGAGCUUUUCCAGGCACAAGGAGCUGAAGUUCUGUGUGUGAGGAUUAUCACAUUGCUGUAUGACCUGAUUACCGAACAGGAUAUGAUCUCUCAAACUGGUAUAGAUCCUCAAACUACUCAUCAGGAACCUUUCCAGCAAUAUGAUUAUAUCCCACUGUUCCCCAUGCUUGUGGAGCAGGGCUGGUGCAGUCUGGUGCCCGAAAUUCUUUCCCGCUCGGACCAUGAUUGGAGGGAGAAGGCUUUGCAGACUCUUCUGGCCUUGAUGCCCCACUGUCAGACGCUGUUUCUGCAGAACCCUACUUUGAGCACAUCUCUUGGUCUUCUGCAGAAGCAAUACCAGGAGUUAGUCCUUAGAGAGAGAAGCCUGGGAGAGGACGAUGGUUACUUUGAUGAGAUUUUGGUUCUGGUAGAAUCUGUAAUGCUGAAAAUUCAAUAAAAAUAUUGGUGCUUUUCUACCCAC